CUCUCUCUCUCUCCCCUCACACCAGAAAACGCUCCUUGCAGCCAUUGAACCUCACUCUCUCUUACCCUCCUUUCCUCAUCGUGAAAUCUCCACCGUCCAUUUCUUCAUCCAACGGGUCACAUCACUCCCUCCCCCACACACACCAUAAACCCUACCCAAACCUCUCUCUCUCUCAUCAGAGGCGCGCGCUCUUUCCCGCUCCUUCGCUUUCUCUCUCUAAACCUCGAUCCCUCUCUCUCUCUUCGUAGAUCUCGCUCUUCGCGAUUCGAUUCUGGAUCCUUCGUCUUCAUCGCUUUCUGUAUCGUUGUGUUGAAUUUUUUUCAAUUUUUUCCCUCCUUUCUCGGUGAUUUGAUUUUCUUGAUCUGUCAUCGUUUUCUCUCCGACGGUGAUUAUGCGGUGGUUGUUCUCACCUGAUUCAGGUUGAUCGUUGUGUUUGAAUCUGUGUGUGUAAUUUUUUUUUUGUUAGAUUUUUUUUUUGAAUUUUGCGGAUUUCUGAAGAAUUUCUGAGUUGAGUUUUGGUGUGAUUUUGAUUCGUUUUUGGGAAUUCUGAAUUCUGAGACGUUACCGAGUUGACUCAAUUCGGUGACUCAGUGAGUUUGGGGGUGAGUUUUGACUGACUAGUGUGAUUUGGGGACGGAAGGGCAAUGCCAUCGGUUGGGAUGAGGCGAACGACGAGGGUGUUUGGGGUUGUGAAGGGCGGCGAUACCGCUCGCGUGUUGCGGUCGGGGAGGCGGUUUUGGCCGGAUUCCGGGGAGGGGAAAUCAAGGAGAGGGAGUGAGGGAGGAGAAGAGGGCCAGGGCGGGGUGAAGAAGCCGGAGAAGAAGGCGGAGCGGGCCGUGGCAAUGGUGGAUGGUGAUGGCAAGGAUGAUAGCAUCCGUCUUUCUGAGAUGGUUAGGCAGAGGAACCGAAGGACUCUCAGUUUGAAUGAUGGGAAGAAUGGCCGUGAUAGAUUUUUUGGGAUUGUGUACUUCAGAAAGAGGAAGAGAAACGGUGGUGCUGGAAGCUCUGUGCUGACAAAAAGUGGGAAUGGUGAUAGGAAGAUGUUCCGAUUGCAGUUUUCUAGGCGGCAACGGAGGAGGAGGGAGCGGCGCGUGCUUACGGUUGUCGCGAAGCCCUCUUCCGGCGACAAUGGUGGCUUGUUUUUGCGGUUCUUGUUUCAUGUGUUGAGCCAAUUCAGAAGGUUUCGCAUCACCCUGAAGGAGCUAUCUACCUUCCUUCUAUCAGAGCCCAUUUGCAGUGCUUAUGCUUCACGAGGGAUUCAGUUCUUGCAGGGUUCUGUUACUGCAAAUGUUGGGGUUUGCCAGAUUUUUGGAGUGACGCAGUUCAUGCCAUUGUUCUCUGUGGAUUUCUCUGCUGUUCCUCUCUGUUUUAAGUAUCUGCAUUCUGCGAUGCUUUUUAAAUCUAUGAUUAGGUCUUUUUCUCUUGUUUAUGCUCCCGUGCCUAGUGAUGUUGAGGAGGAAAUUAGUUUGUCAGACUUCCAGAAUGAAGUGAGCAUUUCAUGCAAUUCCUUCAAGAGAGAAGCUCUAGAGAGUGGAAUAAUCAUUCCCAAAGUUGUUGAUAUCAGUGAUGGUUUAUCUUUGGAUUUUUCUGUCAGGAAGAGUUCCAGAUUAGCUAGUCGAAAUCGACAAUAUAAAAAAUCCUCGAAGAAGAGGAGAGUAAAGUCACUGAGGAAGAGGAAAACUCAAAAUCCUUCAAGCAAUGGAGCAUUAGUAUCUGGUUCAAAGCGUGGACGGGAAAUAAAUCUUUCUGUUGUUGCAUCUAACAAGAAACUUCGAACGUUGUCCAACAGCAGCACCAAUGUAAGCCUUUCAGAAGCAGACCCUGCCAUGGAGGAUUCAAAAGAAGGGCUGAAUUCAUCUUCCUGUUCUGCAAAUAUAUUGAUUGCAGAGGCGGACAGAUGUUACCGGAUAGAAGGGGUGGUCGUCACUUCAGAAGAAGUGCCUGCCGCUGGAGGAUGGCUUCUCGUGGUAAAGAAAGAUGGAUUGACAAAAUGCACUGUCAAGGCUGAAAAGGUAAUGAAAUCCUGGUAUUCCAAUCGGUACACCCAUGUGAGAAUGUUUCCGUUGGACAAUGGGUGGAAACUAGAGUUUGUUAAUCAUCAGGACUGGAUUGUCUUUAAAAAUCUUUACAAGGAGUGCUCCGGGCGUAAUGUUCCCGCUCCUGUUGUGAAAUUUAUCCCAGUACCGGGUGUUCAUGAUGUCUCUGGCUACGCUGACAGUUGUGGUGUUCCCUUCAACAGACCAAGCACUUACAUAUCUGCAAAUGGUGAUGAGUUGUCCAGGGCAAUGAAUAGGAAGACUGCUAACUAUGACAUGGAUUCUGAAGAUGAGGAAUGGCUGAGUAAAUUCAAUAAGGAGUUUCAGGAACAUGUGUCAGAGGAGAAUUUUGAACUAAUUAUUGAUGCUUUGGAGAAGGCUUAUUAUUAUAACCCGGACAAUUGUUAUGAUGAAAAACAUGUGGCUAAUUGGUGUCAGGAUCGUGUUAGCAAGGAAGUGGUAGAAGCUGUGCAUAGUUACUGGAUGAGAAAGCGGAAACAAAAAUGUUCAUCACUGCUCAGGGUUUUCCAGUGUCAUCAAUCAAAGAGAUCUCAGUUUAUUCCUAAACCCUUCCUACGAAAGAAGAGAUCAUUCAAGAGGCAGCCUAGUCAACUUUGUAGAGGCAAUCAUCCAAGUGUUUUGCAAGUUGCAGCUGACCAAAAUGCUGUGGAGCUUAAGAAUGCCAUGCUCAAGGUUGAAGCAGCUAAAGCUUCUGUAAAGGAAUGGAAGGAAAUUGCAAUACAAAAACGCAAAAUGGCUCAGUUGCUGAUGGAGAAAGCAGAUUUGGCAAUGUCCAAGGCCAUAACGUUAGUUAGAGCAGCCGAAGCAGUAUCUUCUCAGGCUAGCGGAGAACUGGUGGAAACCUUGGCCGGAAACUUUCUUGAUUGACGGGUCCGCAGGAGCAUGACAUCAAAGACUUAGUAUUCAGAGCAUGAUUUGGCCCAUGUUGUUUUGUAUGAAGAAAUUGUCAGAACAAAGCCCAAUUCCAGUGCCAUAUUUUGCUAAUAGGUACUACUUUGAAAAAAAUUUACAUUUAGAUGAAUUAAUUCAUCAAUUACUUUCGAAGUUCAGCAAAGUCUGUUUUUUCUCAUGAAAUAUUUAGAACUUGUAAUUGCUAUUAAUUUUGAUAUUUUCAUUUGCUUGGGUGGUGUUCCAAGCCAAUCUAUUUAUAUGACU